AAUGGUUUCGUCAACAAAAUGGAAGUGAAUUUAAAAAAAAAAUCUAUAUGUACGAAGAUCAAGAUUUGUGAAAAAGAAAUUUCGAGUGUUCAUUUUUGAAGUUGGCAAUUUAACAAACUGUGGCGGCGCUGGUUUCUGCUGCGGCGGGGCAGGCAGCUGCGCCCGACCGCUCGGCGGAGGUGGCGCGAUCUCGCAUGGUCGGCGCCAUCAACUCCUUCUCUGUAGAUCUUUACAAGACGGCGGGCAGUGCGACGAAGGGCAACGUGGUGCUGUCUCCGCUGAGCGCAGGGCUGCUGCUGGCCUUGACGUGGAUGGGCGCCGGCGGGCUCACCGCCCAGGAGCUGGGCCGCGCCCUGCACCUCCCUCAGGACGAAAGGGUCGUGGCGUUGGGCUCCAAGGCGCUCGUCUCUUCACUGCAAACCUCCCUGAAACCCAGCCAGGAAGUAAUUCUGCGCUUCGCCAACAAACUGUACGUCCAGAGCGGCUUCCGUCUGAAGGAAGACUUCCGGCUGAAGGCGUCAAGUUUCUUCGCGGCGGAUGCCGAGCAGCUGGACUUCGCUCGUGACGCAGGCGGAGCACGAAGCGCCAUCAACCGCUGGGUGGAGCAGUACACAGCCGACAAGAUCAAGGACCUCUUCCCAAGGGGUUCACCUUCUUCCUCAUCGCUCCUCAUUUUGGUUAAUGCUGUUUAUCUCAAAGCUAUCUGGUUGCAUACAUUCGACGUAAAACAAACUGAAAUGAAAGAAUUUCACUUAUCUCCGACAUCUACUGUCAAAGUGCCUACAAUGAGGAAAUACCACGAUUUUCUUUUUGCAAACAUGGCGGAUCUGAAGGCAACUGCUCUACAACUCCCUGUCGAAGAUGGUCGUGGACUGAAAAUGGUUAUUGUUCUUCCCAAUUCGGUGGAUGGACUACCCCAACUAGAGACAAAUCUUCAUCUUCUGGACGUCAAUGCCAUUGCCUGGGAGAAGAGAUCACUCGGUGUAAACGAUCUCUUCACCAGAAACGCAAAUCUCAGUGGAAUAGCCAAUGAAGGCCUGUUCGUGAGCAAAGCAGUGCAGAAAACCUUUAUAGAUGUCAACGAAAACGGCAUAGAAGCAGCCGCCGCUACUGGAAUUGACUUCGUGUACUUCUCUAUUCCUCCUCCUCGAGCUGAGUUCCAUGCCGAUCAUCCUUUCUUGUUCUUUAUUGUCAAAGAAGAGGUCCUUCUGUUCUUGGGAAGAGUGACGAAUCCUCAGCAGAAAUGAAUCACGUCUGCAAUAACUGUAUUUUGAUUUUCUUAGUAUUUAGUCAUUCCGUUGUGUGUGAUAACUUGCGAAUCAUGAUGCAGAAAGUUUCAUAUUUCCUGGUCACACUGCCAUUGUAUGUUAAGAAACAAUUGUAUGUUUAGGAAGUGUGAUUGUUAAAGUAAGGUAGAAGUUAAACUAUUUUGAAUGCGAAAAGCAACGAGUAUAGUGUUUCUCCCAAAUGAAUUGUUUAUUUCAGAAAUCCAUCAAACGCCAAAAUACCUCAUUUUCAAAAAACUGACAAAAUUUCUACCAAUUUCUAAUUUCAAAAUAUUUUUUAUUUAUUAAAGAAAUGGCAAAUGAAUAUUUGUGUAGCAAUAAUCUCUUGGAGUAAUAAUCUGCCGCUAAUGCGUAUUUUAGAUUUUGGCGUUUAUCGGGUUUCUGAAAUAAAAGAUUCAAAUGACGCAAAAAUUCUUAUGAAAUUGUAAAUGUUCAACCUAGAGGUUUUCUUCAAUGUGACAAAAAACCUUCAAUUGUUAAGUUAUCAUAGGUAAUACAAAGUGGUAUUAAACACUCCUCUACACUGAAAAACUUUAUUGGCAUACCGUCUGUAAUUUGCUACUCCACUCGCAAAAUUAAAUUCGUUCAAGUAAAUAUGUUACAUAACUAAGUUUAUUUUGCAUUCUUUUUUUAAAUCUUUUAAUAAAAAAAUUUCCAAAAAGUGUUACA